AUGGAUUACAUGCAAUGGUAUCAGCAGAAGGAUACAGCCAUGGUCUUGAUCGUGUUAAGUUAUGGUGCUACAGAUUUCAGUGACGGCGUUCUGAUCACUCAAUGGCCGAAGUACAUAUCCAGUCUUCCAGGCUCUUCAGUUGAAAUGCACUGUUACCAGAAUGAUACAAACUAUGACUACAAAUACUGGUACAGACAAAUAAAAGGAGAGCUAGUGCUUGUUGGGAGCUACAUUGUUAACUCUGGCUCAGUUGAGAAGGAUUUUGAAAGCGGCUUUACAGUGUCAACUGUUUUUAGUGAUGGUGUUCUGAUCACUCAAUGGCCGAAGCACAUAUCCAGUCUUCCAGGCUCUUCAGUUGAAAUGCACUGUUACCAGAAUGAUACAGACUAUGACUACAAAUACUGGUACAGACAAAUAAAAGGAGAGCUAGUGCUUGUUGGGAGCUACAUUGUUGCUUCUUCCACUAAUGAGAAAGGUUUUGAAACCAAUUUCACAGUGUCAAGUACAGAGACUAAGAAAUGGACCCUGAAAGUGGAUGUUAAGGAGGGGAUUGAUGCUUUGUAUCUGUGUGCUGCUAGCUCUGGCAAUCCUGCAUACUUUGGCAAUGGCACUAAACUUACAGUUCUAGCUUUAGUGUGUGUGGCCUCAGGCUUUUAUCCCGACCAUGUGAGUGUGUCCUGGAAAGUGAAUGGCGUAGAGAGACAGGACAGUGUAUCAACUGAUACCUCAGCCCAACAGAACAAGACAACAUUAAUGUACCAUAUCAGCAGCAGAAUAAAAGUUAAUGGCACGGACUGGAUGGAUCCCAAGAAUAGCUUCGCCUGUACCGUCCAGUUCUUCAACGGAGAUGAAUAUGUCAAUGUCACAAACACCAUAAACGGUCAAAAAGUGAAGCCGAAAGGAUUGAAACUGCUUGGCUUUGGCUACAUCCUAUUCCUCAGCAAAAGCCUGCUGUAUGCGCUGGUUGUGGCUGGUGUGGUGUGCAAACUAAAGUUCUCAGCGAAGAAGAAACAAUUACCAGAAGACUGAGAUGCGUUGAAAAUGUGUGACUUUAGGCCAGAAGUGACUUUCUUUGUUAUUUACAAGUUGUAUAAAAUAUCUGUGUAUUGCCGACAAUUUACUAGAUUCAUGUUUGUUAUAUUUGUGUAUGACAUCA